AUGCCUCGCGCCACGGAUUUCGUUUCUGGGCUGCUGAAAGAUGUUCUAGCCUUAGAUGAAAAGCCCCUGAUUGAUCGUGCCCACCGGUCGCUGCGCCCAAAGCCCCGGGAUGGGGAGAGGCCCCGUGACAUAAUUCUUCGAGUGCACUUUUUCCAUGAGAAGAUGGAGAUUCUUCGACGAGCCCGCAAUACCACUCUGAGCUUUCAAGGACAGAGCUUCUCCAUCUACCAGGACUACUCCCCCACUAGCAACUUAAAAACACACGAACGUAUACACAGAGGAGAGAAGCCUUACUACUGCUCUGACUGUGGAAAAUGCUUCACAACAUCAACUGAGCUAAGAGUUCAUCAGAGAACACACACAGGAGAGAAGCCUUACUUCUGCUCUGACUGUGGGAGGAGUUUCAUAACAUCAACGACUCUGACAGUUCAUCAGAGAGUGCACACUGGAGAGAAACCUUACUACUGCUCUGACUGUGGAAAAUGCUUCACAACAUCAACUGAGCUAAGAGUUCAUCAGAGAACACACACAGGAGAGAAGCCUUACUUCUGCUCUGACUGUGGGAGGAGUUUCAUAACAUCAAGGACUCUGACAGUUCAUCAGAGAGUGCACACUGGAGAGAAACCUUACUACUGCUCUGACUGUGGGGAGAGUUUCUCUCAACAGAGCAACUUUAAAACACACCAACGUAUACACACAGGAGAUAAGCCUUACUCCUGUUCUGACUGUGGGAAGAGUUUCUCUCAACAGAUCCACUUAAAAUGUCACCAGCGAAUACACACAGGUGAGAAGCCUUACUCCUGCUCUGACUGUGGGAAGGGUUUCUCCCAACAGAGCAGCUUAAAAAUACACCAACGUAAACACACAGGAGAGAAGCCUUACUCCUGCUCUGACUGUGGGAAGUGCUUCACAACAUCAACCGAGCUAAAGGUUCAUCAAAGAGGACACACAGGAGAGAAGCCUUACUCAUGCUCUGACUGUGGGAAGAGUUUCUCCCAACAGGGCAGCUUAAAAAUACACCAACGUAUACACACAGGAGAGAAGCCUUACUUCUGCUCUGACUGUGGGAAGAGUUUCUCCCAAUUGACUACCUUAAAAACACAUCAACGUAUACAUAAAGGAGAGAAGCCUCAUCAGAUGUCUCAGACCAGCUAAGAUUAAAGUCACUCCAUCACUUCAUUCUCACCUCAUAAAGGAAGUAGUAACAGUGAAUUUGAUCAAAUGAAGAAAGAGUAACACUGUUGUAAUCCUAUUGUUUCUCACUGAGAACUUUGGAGAGGAAAGGGAGCGUUAUAGAAUGUCUUUGGAAAUUAUCUUUCUCCAUCUUUUUUUACUACAAAACAUAGUGUCAUGACUCUCCCUUGGUGAUGCUCAAAGGCCUCGUAUCAGCUUGGUAAAUGGCCAACAACAACCAGACCCUCUUACCCACGGGGGGUGGCUGUGCCGGUUUUUACACCAUAAUACUGCCAUAAAUUAGAGAUAGGAGAAUCUAUCUCUGGCUGGCUAGUAUGGUGAAAGGAAUGUCCUUUG